AGAAUCGCGCAUCGAGUCAAACAACAAAUAUUAAAGACUUUAGUUAUAAAGUUAUAAAACUAAUGCAAUAAAAAAUCUUGCUUCAGGGUUAGAAACUCCACAUGCUUUAUGCAACAGCACAGCCUGUUGGCUGAACAGACCGUCAUGGUCACGUGGUGGACGUUCACUGACGUACAGCUCCACUACACGUCCGACAACACGGAAGCUGUGACGUUGCACUGCUGAAUGUAUGAACUGAAACUCGCAUACUGGCAAUACUGAGCUUUAGCUGGACUUUAAAGGUACUGACCCACGCGGUUUGCAUGUCUUACGAUGGCCGAUUCAAAAGUGGACACUGCUACAUUGUGUUUGUUUGAUGUGGACGGGACUUUAACAGCAGCUCGUCAGAAGGUUACUCCUGACAUGCUGGAGUUCUUGAAUAAACUGAAACAGCGUGUGAGGGUCGGGGUGGUGGGUGGUUCAGAUUUGGACAAAAUUAAAGAGCAGUUGGGUGAUAAUGUUAUUGAAAGAUUGGAUUAUGUGUUUGCUGAGAACGGGUUGGUAGCGUACAGAUUUGGGAAGCUACACUCUGUGCAGAAUAUUCAAGCAUACCUAGGAGAGGAAAUCUUACAAGAUUUUAUUAAUUUCUGUCUAAAUUAUCUUUCAAAGAUAAAACUGCCUAAGAAGAGGGGCACAUUUGUUGAAUUUCGUAACGGAAUGUUAAAUAUUUCUCCAAUUGGUCGAAGCUGUAGCCAACAGGAAAGAGUUGAAUUCUUUGAACUUGAUAAGAAGGAGAAGAUCAGAGAAAAGUUUGUCUCCGUUUUGAAAGAAGAGUUUGCUGGGAAAGGACUAGCUUUCUCCAUUGGUGGGCAGAUCAGCUUUGACGUGUUUCCAGAGGGUUGGGAUAAGAGGUACUGUCUUGGAAUUGUGGAGAAGGACUCAUACCAGGUCAUUCAUUUCUUUGGAGACAAAACUAUGCCUGGAGGAAAUGAUUAUGAAAUCUUCACAGAUCCUCGAACAAUUGGACACGUUGUCACAUCACCCGAGGACACACAAAGGAUCUGCAAGGAGCUUUUCUUUAGUUGAGAACUUGAACUCUGACCUUCACACUAAAAUAACAGACUGAACAAUCUGAACUGUACAACUAUGAACAUCUAACCUUUUUUGCUAAACUGUUACAUCACUAUGCAUUUAAACAAAUGUAAGGCAUUGGGAUCCAUGCAUUCAUUUUUAGUCUUUUUAAAUAGGACCUGGUACAUUAUUUACAGGUUCUAGGGUCAUUAUGUGCUGACCUUUAGUGCCUUCUUGUUUUAGAAGACGUCGGAACAUGACAAUACUGUAUAUGCUGUAUGUUCCUCUUUUUCUUGUAUCCGCUAAGAAACAGUGAUGGAUUGGGUUAGGCCAGGUAUGGGGUUAUAUCUAAAAUUCAGGUUUAAGGGCACAUUUUAGGUCUAAUUUAGAUUUUUCUAAUAGAAUGAGUUUUUACUGAAACCAACAGUUUUUUGCUUUGUAAGUAAUCUAAUCAGUUUAUUAUCAAUAAGGUUACUGUCAUAAUCAUAUUUGACAUGUGUCUAGCAACACAUUUGUCUAUACACAAUAAAAUGCACAACAGCAUCACAAACAAACUAACUUGAUGAUUAAUAAAACAAGUUUGAAAAACUA